AGCAUAGAGACUGCAGCAAACACAUCUCAUGCAAAAGACAGAAGAGCAGAGAGGAAAAAAGAGAAGAGAAAGAGGAUUGACAGAAAUCUAUGCUGCUUGAGGAAGAAAAUAUAUAAACUGACAAUCAAGUACAUCAGGAGUUACACAAGCAACAUGUCUCGGUCACCAGGAAGAAAGCAGGAGAACCACAAAAUAAGCAGAGAACUUUUUGUACUCACAUAUGGGGCUUUGGUAGCCCAGCUGUGCAAGGACUAUGAAAAAGAUGAAGAUGUCAAUGCCUGUUUAGAUAGAAUGGGAUACAGCAUUGGCAUAAGACUGAUUGAUGACUUUUUGGCUCGUUCAGCUGUGAAAAAGUGCCGUAGUUACUCUGAAACUGCAGACGUGAUUGCACAGGUUGCUUUCAAGAUGUACCUUGGGGUCACUCCUAGUGUGAGCUGCAGUAGUGCCACAGGGAAUGAAUUCUCCUUAAUCCUGGAUAAAAACCCACUCGUGGACUUUGUGGAGGAGCUGCCAGCAGAACGAGCAUCACUUUGCUAUUGUAACCUCCUCUGUGGGGUGAUUCGAGGUGCCUUGGAAAUGGUUCACUUAGCAGCAGAAGUUUCCUUCCUCCAGGACAAGCUAAAGGGCGAUGCUGUGACAGAAAUAGGAAUUACAUUUUUAAGGAAGCCUGAAGACCGAAAGCACAGAAGGAACAAAUGAAGGAAAUGUUGGGAAAAACCCUUGCUGAGGGAUGUUUUGUGCCUUUUGUUUCAGAAGAAAACAGGGUAAAAAUGGCUUUGCUGAGUCACCUGACUGAACAGUGAAGAGAGCUGGGCAGAAAGAGGAGGGCAGGGCAGAGGAGAGCAAUGUUAAUUGUCAUGACAUAGAUAUCAGUAAAAAAGAUUGAAAUGCUCUCCACUUCCUUCCCACAUACCCAGGCUCUCGAGCUUAAUGGAAGUUUUAUCUCAGUAUUUAGUGUGUAUAAUAUUCA